GUAAUUUUUCUACCAUAUUUGCUAGAGGCCGCCACUGGCUUUGAAUCUGGCCUUACUAUCUAAGUAGUUGGUUGUAGACCAGUGUUUCAGGGAUUGUAACAUCUUCGCUAGGUAACAUGCGUCUUAAGGCCUGAGCCCCAUCUUCUGUCUAACGCCUCGAGGUUGAUCUAAUUGAAAAGAGGGGAUGUUGACGUUGUAUUCAGGAAGCUUCGGCCAAGAUCGUCAAACUUAUCUUAAAUCAAUAAAUGACAACUCCAACUUGUCCUGAUAUCAUAUAUCCUCUUAUUAUUAUUAUCAUUUUUCACCUUUUCCAGGUAUUGAGUCCUGAUUAGGGGAAAUGCAAACAUGGCCCAAGUCGGAACCGAGCAGCUCCACCCCGGCGAUCAGCACGAGAUCCCGAACUUUGAGGCUCAUGAAUCCCCCGAGUCGCUGAAGGGUAGGGUUAAAAAGCACUAUGAGAUAGCCUCGGAUUACUACUACUCCCUAUGGGGACAGCACAUACACCACGGCUUGUUCAGAUCAGCCAGUGAGACCAAGGAGCAGGCUCAAGUCAAUCUGAUCAAUUACCUACUUGAGAUCUCUGGCCUACCAACCGGCUCCAAGGUACUUGAUGUUGGAUGCGGUAUCGGCGGCACAAGCCGAUUUCUUGCGAGGGAGCAUGGCGCGCAGGUCACAGGAAUCACGAUCAGCGGGCGACAGGUUCAAAUCGCAAAGCAGUUGACCAGUAAGGAGAUUAGCGAUAGCUUCGCUGUUCCGCCGGGUGACUUUUUCAAUUACCUCGGCAAGGAGGGUAAGCCGAGCGGCACGGUCCGCUUCCUUGAGCUCGAUGCCGAGAAGAUGCUCGAACACUUUCAACCGACUGUUAAGGAGGGAGAGUCUUUCGACUGCGUCUGGAUCUCGGAGGCCCUGUCGCACCUACCGAACAAAGACCUCUUCUUCUCCUCCUCCUUCUCCCUUCUACGGGGUGGAGGGUCACGAUUGGUGAUCGCAGACUGGUUCAAGGCACCUGGCCUAUCACCCGAACAGGAAGAAGCCGAUAUCAAGCCGAUCGAGGACGGCAUGCUCCUUCCCCGGCUCUACACGGCCGACGAAUAUGUAGAAUUUGCGAAACGGGCCGGGUUCAAGAUUCGUCAGAAGCCGAUUGAUAUAAGCAAGGAGGUUGCUAAGACAUGGGAUAUAUCGUGGUCUCUCGUAUCUUCUCCUUCGUUGUGGGCUUUUGCCAUAUCGCAAGGUAGGGACGGACUGUCGUUUUUGCAGGCGUUUAGAGCAAUGAGAAGGGGAUAUGCGAAUGGGACGUUUAGAUACGCGGUUAUGUGUUUUGAGAAGCCUUAAUUCGAGGUGUAUGGCACCCAUUAUAGAGUACAUAAUGUGUUUAUACCUAUAAUAAUACGCUUGAUUGAACCAAUG